GAAUAAUUGAGAGAGAAGGGGGAGGGAGAGCAAGAGGGUAAGAGAGAGAGGGAGAGAUGUUCCGCUAUCGAAAGUUUGUUUCGAAUAACAUCCCAGUCGAAUGGUCGAGACGCGUUAUGUAAGGAAGUCGUUUUGGACGCUCCUCCUGCAUGAGUUGAGAAAGUGCCGACGAAAGAUGACGACGCAUUUUUUAACAUAGGAAAUCUGGAAUUGAUUAUGGAGACUACAUGAAAGCUCACAGAGACUGACUAGCACUGGAAGGAAUAUUUUUGUCUUCAACCGUAAAACGCCUUUACUUGCCAUUCACCAUGACGAGACUCUUCAAGAGGUGGAUUUCCCUUCUUCUUUGUCUCUUCCUUCCCACCAUGAUGAUCUCUUAUUUAUAUCACAAACACGGGAUGUUGCAAAGGAAAAUCGACAACACCCUUCAAAUCCACCAGCGCCUGUACCCUAAAUCCUUCGAACCCGACGAGUCAUCGAGAUCUAUAUGGGAAACUAUUGUAAUUCCAACACCAAUCUAUCGCGUCGAGAGAGAUCUAAACGUAUUAUGGUCCCCGACGGCAAUAUCGAGGUUAACGUCCAAGGAAGUCAAGCGAGUCAGUCCGACAACGAAGAAAAUGGUCACCAAAACGGUAGCAAAAGAAGACAACCCUUUGCCAAUUAGGGAGGAGGCACUGGUCGACGGACCCGAAAGAAGUGUUAUCGUUGCUAAAGGAAAUGAUAUGAUCAGGACAAAGACGCCAUCGAAAGUAACCAAGAAGCGUCCGAGUAGGCGACCUCGAAGAUCAAACAAAAGACCACCUGUGAAACAAAAAGAACUCCGUGAAAAAAAUGCUGCAGAAACGCCUGUUGAAUCCGUCAGAGGCUUGGAGAAAGUUGAUGCUAAAGGCGAGGUGAUUCAGACUUUUGCCCCUGUCGCCAAGACUCCUCCUGUGGACAACCAUGAGGAAGAUUUGAAAGAACCAGAGAAGGACGAUGGUUCGGCUCCUGUACCACCUGUUAAAUCCUUUGAUACCGUAAGAACCGCUUUACCUACAACAAAGAUCCUUCAGACAAUCGCUCAGACAAAAAUAAUUACUGAAGUACCCAACUUUCCUGAUGCUAAUCUUAUAAAUAAAGUUACCAACUUUCCUCAUGAUAAUAAGGUGACAAAUGAGACGAAGUAUAGCGGAUUGACAAAGAGACCCGUCCAAGAAAAACCUUCAGAACAGAAAGUACAUACUGCACCAGCUGCCCCUUCCAAACGAAAGUCCAAUAAAAAGAAAGUAAAAGUGAAGAAACCUAGUGCAGCAAUCGUUGAUCAAGUUGUGAAUAAAGAACAAAAGCUUAAUCUAUCGAUACCGGAUAGUGAGGUUGAAAAGAGUAAAAAUGAGACUAAAACCAAGGAUAGUGUAGAUCUGACGAUGGAUGAGCAGAAAGAAAACAGUGUACCCGAGAAACCCCUAUCCAAGAAAGAAAGCUCUAAGAAAAAACGGGAUCGUAAAUCAAAGAAGUCCAAACGAAAGUCUCAUUCAGAUGAUUUGAGUGCUGUACCAGUGACGUUACCUCUCAAGUUCAACCUAACUGACCCAAAGACACAUUCACCUGUGAUUCUGGCAUCUACGAACAAGGCUUUCAUGAACUUCACUGACAACUGGCUGGAGAGUGUGAAGCGUUCAGGUAUCCGAUCAGGGGUGACCCUGGUAGCUGAGGAUCGCGAGGCGUUCAACUACCUGAACAACAGGACAGACAUCGAACUCAAUGUCGUUCUCAAUGACGUAUCGGAGUCACCAGGAGAGCGGCUUCAGUUUGACUCCCCCGCCUACAAGCAGCUAGUCAACAAACGACCAAGCUACAUCCUCCAGAUACUGUCCAGUGGACAUGAUGUCCUGUUCUCCGACGUGGACAUCGUUUGGCUUAAGAACCCGUUGCCGUUCUUCACUAACGACACCAACGACAUAUGGCUACAGGAGGACCGUCACGAACCCACGGUGUACUGUGCAGGAUUCACCUUCUAUCGGUCCACACCGGCAACCAUCGCGCUGGUGACGGAGUGGGUGCAGACUUUGGCCUUGCACCCCACCUACCCCGAUCAAAGGGUCCUCAAUGGUCUCCUCAGGAAGAAACGAUGGCUGGGGGAUGCGAUCAAGAAAGCUGUCAUGGAUUCGAGACUGUUCCCGAGUGGGCACCUGUUCUUCGACCCGGAGUGGCGCGAGGCUAAUAAGGACAGUGAUCAGGUGAUGGUUCAUAAUAACUGGAUAGUUGGACACGAUCGUAAGGUGGAACGCUUCAAAGAUGAAGGGUUUUGGUAUCUAUAGGAUGAACUGAGUCGAAGAGUUUUUUAAAGAGUUGAACAGGGGCCCUGCUUCACUAGUUUCACUACGAGUUUCAACAAUAUUGCUAUUCUGGCAAUAUUAACUACCAUAGUAACUAGGCUCAGCAAUCAAUUACAAAUCAAAGUUUCCAUGAUAGAUUUAAAAAAAAAAGACAAAGUUACCACAGUUGUAAGUCUUCACGAAACGAAUCCCUGGACUCAAAAUGGAGGCCAAAGUGACCAUCUUGACCGGAUUGUGUAAUUAAAACAUUAUUGAACAUGUUGAAGAGCGAGCAAGGGUGAUUAUUUCUGAAGUGACCAAAGCAAAGCCAGAAUCAGAAUUUUACUGAAAGUAACAGCACUUCUUCUUUAUAGUCCGUGAAACAUUUCUGCUUAGUUCACCCAAUUUCUCCAACUUACAAGAUAAACUUGCAAGUUGUUGUACUUCACAAUUUUUGUAAUAGUUUAGGUAUGAAUAUAAAGGCAUUUUUAAUCACCGUUUUAAGUAGAUGUUUAAUAAAUUUUCAUUGCAAUUCGUC